GUAGCGAAAGAAAUGGCAACACCUAAAAUCUGAUGUCAUUCCUGUCUGUUGAAAGCUGCUCGAAUGUGGAUUUUCACAGAACAAAUCAAUAAAUAAGACUGUAAUUUAGUUGUAAUUAGUGAAAAUGGAGUUAAAUGAUGUUAUAGUCAACCAGCCCGUCGUUAUAGAUAAUGGCUCCGGUGUCAUCAAAGCUGGCUUCGCGGGCGACCAGAUACCAAAAUGCAGAUUCCCGAAUUACAUCGGCCGACCAAAGCACAUCCGCGUGAUGGCGGGCGCCCUAGAAGGCGAGCUGUUUGUCGGGCCCCGCGCCGAGGAGCACCGGGGGCUGCUCAGCAUCAAGUACCCGAUGGAGCACGGCAUUGUCACCGAUUGGAAUGAUAUGGAGCGCGUCUGGAACUACAUUUACAGCAAGGAUCAACUAUCGACGUUCUCGGAAGAGCACCCGGUGCUCCUGACGGAGGCGCCCCUGAACCCGCGCCGGAAUCGCGAGAAGGCUGCUGAAGUGUUCUUCGAAACCUUCAACGUGCCCGCGCUGUUUCUGAGCAUGCAAGCCGUGCUCAGCUUAUACGCCACAGGGCGCACCACAGGCGUGGUCCUGGACUCGGGCGACGGCGUCACCCACGCCGUGCCCAUCUACGAGGGCUUCGCCAUGCCGCACUCCAUCAUGAGAGUCGACGUGGCUGGCAGAGACGCCACCAGAUACUUGAGACUCCUCCUCCGAAAAGAAGGCGUGAACCUCCGUACGUCAGCCGAGCUGGAGAUAGUCAAGGCCAUCAAGGAACGCGCGUGCUACCUCUCCCCCAAUCCUCUUAAAGAGGAAACACUGGACACAGAGAGAGCGCAGUACACUCUACCUGAUGGGACACAGCUAGAGAUCGGUCCGGCGCGGUUCCGGGCGCCGGAGGUGCUGUUCCGGCCGGACCUCAUCGGAGAAGAGUGCGAAGGUCUCCACGAGGUGCUAAUGUUCGCCAUUCAGAAGUCCGACAUGGACCUCCGCAAGGUCCUCUACCAGAACAUAGUGCUGUCCGGGGGCUCCACUCUCUUCCGGGGCUUCGGCGACCGCCUGCUGGCCGAGAUACGGAGGCUGGCUCCUAAGGAUAUGAAGAUUAGGAUCUCAGCGCCACAGGAGCGCCUUUACUCCACAUGGAUAGGGGGUUCGAUUCUGGCCUCACUCGACACGUUCCGCAAGAUGUGGGUCUCCAAACGUGAAUACGACGAGGAGGGACACCGCGCCGUGCACAGGAAAACUUUCUAAUCACGCUACUCGACGACGGGUGGCGCUAGUAGUAUAGAACAUAUUUCUAAUUACGCUAUUCGACGAUAGCAGGCGCUAGUAGUGUCAUAUAUAUAAAUUGCAACACUAGUCUUCUAAGCUAACUUAGCACCUACUUUGACAAAACAAAGCGUGGAAGUGUCAUAUUUUAAUAGAAAUUUCAGUUUUAUGAUGACAUCACACUGCGCUGCGCAGAAAAAGUUUCUAAUCACGCUACUCGGCUACAGGUGGCGCUAGUAGCAUUUAAUAACAUGUCUAUAAACUGCAACACUAUAGAGUCCGUCAGCGCUAACUCCUGCAUCGACUUAAAUAGAACUAAGUAUGGAAAUGCCAUUAUAAACGUUAAAAAAUUUAAUACAAAUUUCAGAGUUAUAAUGACAUUCCACGCUUUGUUAUUAUAAAUACCUUAGAGUUAGCUUGAACCGACUACGUUACUGCGGUGCGCAGAAAAACUUUCAGAUCACGCUAUUCGCCGCUAGAUGACACUAGUGGUCACUAACUUUUGAAGACACCUUAGGCUUAGGCCAUAUAGGCAUUUUUAAGUCGGUUACAUCAUUGGCGGAUUUAACAACUGGAGUCGCCUUUAAGAACUUACCGCUGUGUCGAAAACCUCUGCCAAUGGUCAUAUUUCUUGUAUGCACUCACGUUAAUCUGACAUGGCUGUUUGUACGUUACGCAGAUAACUGUUAUGCCAAACAGUACAAUGAAAUUUCCCAAGAUAUGUAUGAAUUGAAAAAUGUUAGAAAUGUAAACUUUCGUGAGACGAGUUUUCAAACUAAUGUGGUUGAAAGAUUCGAAAACGAUCUGCUGAGCAUUUAUUGAAUAAACAAAAGUAUCAAUGUAAUUUAGCGCGAUUUCUUUAACUUACUUAGUAAACAAUAACAUUGUUAAUAAUUUUCCGUAUUUAGCUAGUAAGACUCUUUAAUAUAUUAAUACUACUAGCGCCAUCUAGUAACAAGUAGCGAAAAAACGGCAACUUAAUACUGUUGUCUAUAUGAUAUUAUAUUAGCUAUUUUAAUGAAAGACAUCCAGUGCAAUCAUAUUAAAACAACAGAAACGUUAUCUCACCAAUGCUGAAGAAUGGAUCGAGUGAAUGUUUAACUUAUAUGUGUAUGUUAAAAUGCUUAUAUGUUCACUUACAGGCUGAUAUGAUAAUAAUUGUGAGUAUUGAUGCAAUGUUCUGCCGCCAGAGUGCAGCGCUAACACAAACCGUUAACUAUAGAGUACUAUGCCAGUUUGCUUACUGUUUGUGCUAGUGGCGCCCCCUACGCAGUCUUGGUUAAUAUUCCGUAUUGGCUUAUUAUAUUCAUCAGAUCUCACAGCUAGAUAUCUUUAAAAUGCCCUAAAAAGUUUUGGUUUAAAAACCCCUGGGGCUAUAUAGCUCUUGACAUUUUCUAUAACUGUGGAUAGCGGGUUAAGUAGGCAUACUCUGGCAAGCCAAAUUUGUCAAUAGAAAAUUUCCGAAUUUUCCAAAUUUUGUAUGAGAUCGAUCCUUUGCGCCUAUUUUUUCCAAAGUCGCCAUUUCCUACUUAUAAAGCUGGCUUGCCUAAGUAUACGUGUAGACAAGUUGACGUUCCAUAUUUGAAUUUUAACGUAAGUUCCAUAUUCUAAAGCUAACAUAGAUGGUGGGAUCGUACAGAUGUGCUAUACGCGUGCGCCCGUGAGGGACAGAACAUACGCAAUGCGCCAAAAUUAAAAACACUUUUUAACAUUCCUGACGACAUACCAAAACAACCAACGUAAUUUGGUCGGGUUUUACUUGAUAAUAUGUUGCCCAUCAUAAAAAACGGUGGGCAACAAAAAACGUCUACGUCUUUUAGGACUUUUUAGAAGUAGGCAGAAAGGACAAGUAAGACUAUGACAAGGACAAACAAUAAUAGCGCUUUCUCUGCUACUCCUACUGAAAGUUCCGUAAGAGCAUCUCGUUCGGUCCUCUCCCCCUCCCUCAUUUCAUGUCUAUAUUAUUGUACCUCUAUGAAAGCUAAUUAGACGAAAGCGCUACUUAACCUUAAUUUGGCUAUAUUUUUGUAUUAACAUCAAAAUUGGCGUCAGAUCAUAAUAUCACCUGUAUAUUAGUUAAAAGAUAGUUAAAAUAAUAUUUACAUCUUUAAAUAAUAUAAUUUUAAAUAUUAAAAAAGCUGCUAAAAUUAUGUGCUCACUCUUUCUUUGCAAAUAUGUGAAUUAUAGUAUCUUUAGUUAGUUAUAAGCAUGGAUUUAGUAUUUAAUGCUGAAGGCAUUUUUUGUAUUUGAAUUAAAUUAUUUUUUGUCGAACA